AUGGCUUCUUUUGUGCCUUCAGCGUCAGCCUUUUCUUUGCCGCUUCCGCCCUGGCAACAACCUCCUAGCUUGCGUGUAGCUCAAUAUGAGCGUAAGAAGCGCAAGAGAGAUUUCAAUGAUUGGGGAAAUGAGACCGAGGAUGCUGGCGAUGAAACCACUGAUGCUGCCUCAGAUUUUACUCCAGCGGCAUCAUCCUUAAUUCUGUCGCCCAACGAAGCCCAUCAAUACCGCAUUGCAGGUCUCCCUUUUGACCAAGAGCUGCCAGGUGGGCAUUUCCCUCAUGCAGCCCCAAAAGACGUAUCACAUCGUCGGAAAACUAGAGGCGAUAUACUCAAGGACUUGUCGGCCUUAUCGCCUCCCAUCUAUCCACCACAGUCUGCUGCCCAUAAGGGGAAUCUUCGGUUGCAGCAUUUUGCCGUGCUCUCGGCUAUUCUCCAUCGUUGCCUUCUCCAACGAGAUUAUCUUCGUGCAGGAAGGGCUUGGGCUUUGAUCCUCCGUGAAGAGUAUGGAGGCAGUCCGGUUGAUAUACGCUAUGAAGGGAGAUGGGGUAUCGGCGCUGAAAUUUUACUUCGGCGGGGACGACAGUUAUCCGAUCUCACAUCUUCAUCUGAAACAGUGGAUGAUGAAUCCUUGAAAAUGAAGAAUGCUUCCGGACUUUGUUUUACGAGGAAAGGAUUUGAGGAUGCGAAGCAGUAUUACGAGAGGCUCAUUAUUCAAUAUCCGUUUCGAAAAGUCGCGCCGGACGCAACAAGCGCCUUACAUUUCUACCCCGCCAUGUUUGGACUUUGGAUAUAUGUUACACAAGAGGAGAGCAAUGCCGCUCGAGAUGCGUUGCAACGAAGUUUUGCCGAGGACUCGUCGGAUGAAUUGUCGGAUGAUGAAGAUGGCUUUAAGGUUCAUCGCAGCUCCGACAAAAGAAAGCAGAAAAUGGCUGCAGAGGUACGAGCGAAAGAAUUGGAACAAGCCCAGCAAAUCGCAGCCCGUAUGGAUGAAAUUAUUGUAUCCCCUCCAUAUUCAGAUUCUCCCGAAUUAUUGGGACUCAGAGGUAUGAUUUCACUCUGGAUCGCGGAUCUUUUUGUUCUGAGUGUACCGCAACCAGAAAAUGACUAUCAUGACUUUCAUGGUGUCGACGCCAUAUCCUCAGAUGACUUUACAGGGUCCAUCCAAGAAAGGCGAGAACAAAGGCUUGCCAUGGAAAAGAGGCAGGCGGAGAUUUUGAAAUCGGUAGGGUAUUUCGAGAAAGGAAAUCAGCGUGGCAGGGGAGUCUCUCAUACACUUGAAAACCUUCACAUCGACGAUGGGGGUUCUUACAUGAGUUGA